GAUUUCGGAAAUGAGUGUAAAAAUUACUGAACACAAAAUAAACGUUACUACCGUAGAUGAUCCUUACGAAGUGGAAAAAUGCGGCAAGUGGAUUGAUGCAUAUAAUUUAAAUAAGGUAUGCUUACAAUUUCCUGAUAACCUGUUACCUGAUUCUGUACAAAUUGCAUUACGUUUGGAAAAUCGUAUCAAUAAGAAAGUAUACAUUUUGGGAGAUACUUCUUGCGGUACUUGUUGCGUAGAUGAAAUAUCAGCUCAACAUAUGAAUGCAGAUGGCAUAAUACAUUUUGGACACGCUUGUUUAAAUCCUACUACUCGGUUAUCAGUAUUUCAUGUGUUACCAAAAACAGAAAUUAACAUGAUAGAAGUUAUUGACAAAUUUACAUCUCAUUUUCAAGACACAUGCAAAAGAAUUUUAUUUUUUUAUAAUGUUGCAUAUGCACAUAAAAUUGAAGGUAUAUACGAAGUGCUAAGUCCACUUUAUAAAAAUUUAAUCUUUUCAUCAUUAAACUGUACUUCCAAUGUGGAAUUCACAGAUGUUAAAGAUAAUAUGUCUACAAUAAUCUUAGGCAGAAGCUUUAAAUUAGAAAAAGGAUAUAAAAUAGAAGAUUAUGAGGCAUUUUUCCUUGGAAGUGGUGAUAAAACAUUCACCACAUUAGAAAUAACAAUUCCUGCAAAAAAAUGGUACUAUUUUGAAAAUAGUAGUAUCACUGAAUACCAAGCUUUAAGUACUCCAUGGUUAAAAAGAAGAAGGUUUUUAAUUGAGAAAUUAAAAGAUGCUAAAGUUGUUGGAAUUGUUGUAGCCACAUUAGGCAUUAAAGAUUACCUGAAAAUAUUAUCAAUGAUUAAAAAUAUUCUUAAACAGAAAAAUAAAAAAUCUUAUAUUCUAAGUGUAGGUAAAGUGAAUCCAAUGAAACUUGCUAAUUUUCCAGAGAUUGAUGUUUUUGUUAUGAUAACAUGUCCUGAAAAUGAAGUAUUUGAUUCUAGAGAAUUUUUAAAACCAAUACUUCUGCCUUAUGAAGUAGAACUAGCAUUUAAUAGUUCGAGAGAAUUGCACACGGAAUAUUAUAUGGAUUUUAGACAAAUACUUCCUGGAGGAUUGAGUUAUGUAGAUUUUAAAGCAUCAACAAAUUCAGACAUUUCAUUAAUUACUGGUAAACUUAGAGAUUGUGAUGAAAAUCUGCCAUGUACAGAUAAAAUGAAUGCAUUAGCAAUUAAAGAUUCAGGUGUUGUUGCAAUUGGAAAAGCAGGAGCUGAAUUUUUACAGAAUAGAGCAUGGAAAGGGCUUGAACAAAGAUUAGGAGAAGAUACAGUACAUUCAGCAGUAAUUGGUCGAUCUGGUUUACCAAGCAGUUAUGAUAGUGAACCUCUUUCUAUACGAACAAACAACAAUUGAACAUAGUGUUAUUGUUUGUAGGAUUUCAG